AUGAGUUCUUUUACUAACGACCAAGUGAUCAACCUACUGGUUUUGGCUGCUUUGUGUGCUUCUGCCAUCCUGACAGCGUUUAUAACAACCUUGAUUGUAGUAGUGUUCUGCCUUCGUUGGUAUGUCCGUAGACGAUCCAAGGACGCGCUACCACAUCUACGCGCUGUUCCUAAAAAAGGACAAGACAUUCGGCCAGUUGUGGUGGGUUUUUUUCACCCUUAUUGCAACGCGGGAGGUGGCGGAGAGAGAGUGUUGUGGACUGGAAUUCGUGCGUUACAGACUCGUUACAACUUUGUCCGUUGUGUUAUUUACACAGGCGAUCCCUACGUAAGCGGAGAGGAAAUACUUCGAAAGGCCAGACAACGGUUUAACAUUUCUCUUCCUCAGCCUGUGGAGUUUGUAUUUUUAAAAAGAAGACGCUGGGUGGAGGCAAGCAUGUAUCCUUACUUUACCCUUCUGGGGCAGAGUAUUGGAUCACUAGUUCUUGGCUGGGAGGCUCUGAACUGCUAUUUGCCAGACAUUUUCCUGGACACAAUGGGGUAUGCAUUCACUCUACCGCUGUUUCGCUAUCUUGGUGGCUGCCAAGUUGGCUGCUACGUUCACUAUCCAACCAUCAGCACUGAUAUGUUGUCUCGGGUUGGUGGCAAAACAGCUUCAUACAACAAUGCUUCUUUCAUUAGCAACAGUCGCAUUCUAAGCACAGUCAAGUUGUUCUAUUAUUACUUAUUUGCUCUGAUGUAUGGUCUAGUUGGGUCUUGCUCUCAAGUCGUCAUGGUGAAUUCAACUUGGACCUAUGGCCACAUACUCUCCCUAUGGAGGAAGAAAGAACAAACAUCAAUAGUUUAUCCGCCAUGUGACACAAAGGCAUUUAUGGAAAUACCAAUUAAAUUAGGAAGAGUUGCUGGUAAUGAUGAUGACAAUGAUGAUAAUGUUUAUUCAAUAGUGUCUGUAGGACAAUUUAGACCAGAGAAAGAUCAUCCACUCCAGCUUCGAUCCUUUCACGAGUUCCUAAAACACAAAAUGCUCAAAGACAGGCACAAGUAUAAACUUGUCCUAGUUGGUAGCUGCCGAAAUCAAGAAGACUCUGAUAGAGUGACGGCGCUCAAGGAACUAGCAACUCAGCUUGAGAUCCAAAGCUAUGUUGAGUUUGCUUUGAAUGUUUCUUUUGAGAAACUUAAGCAGUAUCUCGCAGAAGCCUCCAUUGGUCUUCACUCCAUGUGGAAUGAGCACUUUGGCAUUGGCAUUGUGGAGUGCAUGGCAAGUGGAUCUAUAAUCUUGGCACAUGAUUCAGGGGGACCAAAAAUGGAUAUCGUCAUUGAAUGGGAGGGAAAACCAACUGGAUUUCUUGCCAGUGAUGAGAAAAGCUAUGCUGAUGCUAUGGAGACAAUCUUUUCUCUCUCCCCGGAAGAGAGAAGUGUUAUUUGUCACAACGCAAGGCAUAGCAUUAGCAGAUUUUCUGAAAAGGCUUUUGAAAAUGGAUUUCUUCAAUGCACUGAGCCAUUGUUCAUGAAUGUCUAG